UUGUUUUCCCCGCAGUUUGUGCAAACAUCAUCUUUGGAUAGUAUUUUCCCUCAAUUUAAGGAGGGGUGCUAGGCUGACAAAUGGCUCUUAAAACACACCUUUGGUCAUGUGAUCUUACAAGAAGUUGGUUGAAACAUUUCAUCCCAUCCGUUUUUACUUGGGUGCUCAUCUCGUAGAGUUUUCCAUCUGAUGAAGGUUGGCCUUUUGCAAAGUAUCUUGGAGCUUGUGGAAGAAUGGUGGCUGUAAAUUAUGUUGGAGAAGAACUGUGGAGUUACUUUAAUGCACCAUGGGAGAAACGAGUUGACCUCGCUUGGCAAUUAAUGGAAAUAGCAGAGCAGCUUACAAACAAUGACUUUGAAUUUGCACUCUACCUCCUGGACGUCAGCUUUGACAAUUUUGCAGUUGGUCCUAGAGAUGGCAAGGUAAUCAUCGUGGAUGCUGAAAAUGUUUUGGUUGCUGACAAAAGGUUAAUUAGACAAAAUAAACCUGAAAAUUGGGAUGUAUGGUAUGAAAGCAAAUUUGAUGACUGUGAUAAGGAGGCUUGCUUAUCAUUUUCAAAAGAAAUUCUUUGUGCUCGUGCCACUGUGGACCAUAAUUAUUAUGCUGUUUGUCAGAACCUCUUAUCUAGACAUGCCACCUGGCGUGGCACUUCUGGAGGACUCCUCCAUGACCCACCAAGUGAAAUUGCCAAAGAUGGCCGACUAGAGGCCUUGCUGGAUGAGUGCGCCAACCCAAAGAAGCGCUAUGGCAGAUUCCAGGCUGCAAAAGAACUGCGUGAAUAUCUAGCACAAUUAAGUAACAAUGUGAGGUAGUCUAUGGUGAACUUUUCUCUUCUCCAUUUAAAUAGCACUGGCUAAAACGAAACCACCAAAAACUAUCUGGAAAAAUGAAAGUUGGGAGUAAUACAUUCAGAAGGUGAUAAACUUGCACUGAUAGAUCUUAUGUUAACAUCCAUAAGCAUAAGAUAUAAUUUCAAAAAUCACGUGAUGCUUCUGCAAAUAAGUUUGGUCUUUCACUUUGGAGACUUGAGCUAUCGUUGACUGCUUUACCCCCGAAUGCCUGAGUGGAUUACUGAAUAUUGUUAAGCUAUUGGAAAUGAGUCUGAUAGUUAAUUGGCUUGUGUAUCAAAGGGUACUUGGUACUUGACUUAGUUUUCAUUACUAUCAUGAUUUUGUGAAUCUCUUAUACUUACUUUGAAUGUCAAGUUAGAUUGGCCUGUUUUAUAGGCCACUUAUUCCUUCUGAUGUGUAACAUUUGUUUUUUUUUCAUUUUUAUGUUUUUUAUUAAAUUUUACACAUUCAGGUUAUGUAGGUUUUCAUUUACAUUUGGGCUAGUCCUCAUUCAGUGCUAUGCGGUACACAUUUACUGUUAGGGCAGGAUUCCCAGGUUUACUGUGUUUUUUUUGGAAAGCUGAAUAUUUUAUUAUGUAAAUACAUUCCUUUCUACUUUCUGUGGUUUCACCACUGCAUGAGAUCAUUUAAGGUUAUUUAACAGUUACAUCCCUCUAUGCCAAUAAUUGUAAGUGUACACUAAACAUGAACUUUGGCAUAUUGCAAAAUGUCGUUUUUGUCCUUUAAAAGGCUUUCAGAGUAUAUUAGCAAUCUAUACCUUGAUGUUAAUUUUAAUUGAGGAAAAAAACCCAGUAUUUUUUAAAUGCUAACUAGUCCAAGAUACUGAUGCAUAUGCCAAAGAAAUAUUAGACCUAGUCCUAUGGUUAGAUAUUAAAAUUGGUCACCAACUUAUUCUUAUUAUCCUAUUUCCAGUACUUCAGCUCUGUCAUUAUUAAAUUCACAUCUCCCUAGUUAUUUUAUGUUAAAAAAUUAAGCUAUUGCUCCCAAGCAUAUGUAACUUAAAGAUGUCCUACCUUUUAUUGAUUGGUAGUUUUGCAGAAACCAACAUGGUAGUCACAGUUUGAGUUUAAUCUGGCAUCCUAACUUUUUAUUUAUUGGUGGACUAGUAAUAUUUACUGUAAAGCAGACAGUUUAGCCAGUCUGCGCAGCUUGGUCUUCAUUACCCAAUUAUUAAACAUCAAGACAUCAAAUUUAAGUUGUGGAUAAAAAUUAACAAGCGUGUUAAAGUUCUGUGAGCUAUUUUUAAAAGUUACAAUAUAUAAAUUGACUAUCACUAAGAUAGGUGAUAUUUUCCUGUUUGAAAUUAUAACUUUUCUUUAUGGCAAAGUUUGUUCUAGUGUGCAGUAUUUAGUUCUAGACUGACUUUAUUCUAAUCAGAAAGUGAUUAAAAUGUACACAACCAAAGCCAAGUUUUUCUUUUUCAUUCAUUCAGCAACUAUUUAUUGAGCAUCAGCUCUGUGCCAGGUAUCACUAGCUGCUACACACUGUCUGAACAUGACAUAUGGUUAAGUUACUUUAUAGUAAUUAUCAAAGACUUUAAUGUAGGUAUUUCUUAAGUUGAAAUAGCAUUCAUUACAUUAGAAUGAUGCUUUUGUGUUAUUUUAUUGUUGUGAUGGAAAUUCUGCUUGUACCAUCUAUCACUGGGUUGCUACAAAAACAGCAGGAGGAAAUCAAUAGAGUUAAUACCAGUUUAAAAACUGGAAGAAGGGUAAGAUCUCUUCAUUAAGAGAUAAAUAAAAUAGAUUUCAUUAUGUUAAUUUUUAUACAUCAGUACAUUACAUAUAUCAACUAACCCUCAAAGAAACAUUUAAUUGCUGGAAAUUUUACUAAGCUGACUUUACAACUUUGGAAAACUUUUGAGGGGAGUAGGUAAAAUUGCUAGUCAAACAUUCACCUCUUAUUCAAAACUUUAAAUAAAAUACUCAUUUUCAAAAUGGAGUUCCUUUUAUAUUUGAUAAGUAUUCAUUACAAAACUUAGAAUGCCAGUCAUAGAGGAGUUGUCCUUCUGUGGUUUAGCAAACAUUUAUCUUACUUUUUGGAAGAGUGAUUGCAGAACAGGAAGUGAAAAACACUGCCAGCAGUGAUCGCUACUUGAGGUAGUUUUUUGUAACUACCAUUUCCCCCAUGAGAUUAUGUGGAAUUUCUUUUAUCUUUGGAAAAACUGAGAAGAUAGUAAAAGAAUUAGGAAUUUAACAUUACAGGGAAAAAUAGGUAUGUGAAAAGCAAUAAAUAUUUUGUUCACUUUGCUAUCAAGAUGUUCACUAUCAGAUAUUUAUUAUACAGCAGCAAUUUAUAUUUUUAAUCAUUUCCCAUUAAUAGACGCAGUAAAAUAUUUUUGAAUCAGACAUUUGGGGUUUGUAUGUGCAUUAAAAUUGUCUUUUGUACUGUAAGUUACUGUUUAAUUUGAAUAUUUUAUCAGAACUGUCUUCCUGUGCCUUUAUAAUAUAAAGUUGUUUCUACAACUUUUAAUGAACUUAAUAAAGAGUACUUUAAGAAUCACA